UAACGCUUCACGACGCUUCGAGUUAGUCCGUUUACACGUUCAAACGAUUAACACGUGCAAAAGCAGAUUUAAAGAUUCUCUUUGUUAUUUUUCUCUUUAUUAUCUUUUAACAAUAUACUUAUAUCUUGAAAUCUCAUUAACAAAGUUCAUUAAGAUAGGAUCAUUGAAUUCUUUUGUUAUUGUAUUAUCGAUAGAGAUAAUUGGAAGGAGUUGUUAUUGAGAAUUGCAAUUAUUGUUUUGUUUUGUUUUGUUUUUUUUUUUGAUAAUUUUCUAAAAUUGCAUUAACAACGACUUAAAGAUGCCUGUGGAGUUGGAGCAAGUGCCUUCGGUUGCACAUGAGGCCUUUAAUGGAGAAGAAAAAAUGAAUAAGCUGUGUAGACAAGUAUCGAUCGAAAGUCCGAGCAUAAUAGGACGCGAUUGUGUAUUCAGUUUCGACGUACCGGUUCCAGAAGUACCUGCACAAGGUGCCAGGAUCCGCGUAGUAUGUGCCGGAGCAUGUUAUCAUCCAAAACGUUCACCAAGUCUAUCGUCUCUAACAUCUGUUUCGAGUAGCAGUAGUUUGGCUACCGAAGCAUCUUUAGAAGGUGAUUUUCCAGCUAACAUUCCUCACCAUGGUGUAAGAGAUGCUGCAUUAUUUCCUGGAUUCGAAGUAGCCGGUGUCAUUGAAUCACUUGGUUCUGACGUCAGCGAGGAUUGCGAAUAUGCAUUGGGUGAUCGCGUUAUACUUUAUCCUUACGAAGGAAUACCUAACGGAUACGUCGAAUAUUUGGUUGUACAUGAUCUUAAGUAUCUCAUUAAGAUACCCGAUAAUAUGCCAUUGAGCGUAGCUGCUAUGUUACCAGCUGGUGCAUUACUUGCCAUGAACACCGUAUUCGCUGCCCAUGAACAUGUACAAAAUCUUUUAAAAGAAAGAGACGAGAAAACCGUUUGUAAGAUUCUGAUUGUUGGAACUGGUGGAUUAGCACUUUGGGCAUUGAGAAUUGCGGCAUAUCACUUCAGUAAUAUGAAGGAUAGAGUAACUAUCACUAUUGCUACUCUUAAAGAUGACGGUCUUAUCAUGGCAAAGGAAUUUCAACGUUUGCACAUUGCUUACAGAGUAAACGUUGUACAAUGGAACGAGGAUUUGUACGAGAAACAACUGAUCGAAAGGACGAUGGAUGCAUGUCAAGGUCAAGUUGACGUAGUGAUUGACUUUGGAACAACAUCUCGUAGUCUUCAUCGUAGUAUCCAAUGUUUGAGCAAAGGUGGAGUCGUAUUCGUGAUAAAGGAAGUUGCUGAUCGUCUUUUACCAAAGUUUAGCAGGCGUGCCGAAGAAAAACAACAGAGUAUUAAAUCAGUGGAGCCAGGUACUUUAGAACAACUUCGUGAAUUGGUUCAAUUGGUUGCAACGAACGAAAUUGAACCACCACCACACACAGUAUACCCUGCUGAGGAAGCACUCGAUGUUGUUCACAAACUCUGCCAUUCCAUGAUUCAAGGUCGUGCGAUUCUACGUUUCUAUCCAUCUGAUUAAAAGAUAGACUAAGAGAGAUAGAGAGAGAGAGAGAGAGAGGGAGAGAGAGAGGGAGAGAGAGAGAGAGAGAGAGAGAGAGAGAGAGAGAGAGAAACACUAUUUCAAAUAUCUAUCUGUGUAUUCUGUCUCUCUGUCUUAUUUUCAAUCUUAAGCCAUUCAGAAGUCAAUACGAUUAACUCCACUUUUAUUAUUUGAUUAAAAUACUUUUGAGAUACGUUCGACGUUUGUCCAAUACAAUUGUUUGUGACAUUAUUUUUAAUUUCAAUAUCAAAGCAAAUUAGACUUUAAUACUACAAUAAUAUAUAUUUUAAUAUAUUAUUUAAAAUAACGUAAUAAUUAUUUUGACACAAAAAUGAUAAACGAUGUAUAUAAUUUGUAUUUAUUUUUCUUUACUCUUUUCUUUUGUGGAAUUAAUCCGAUUUGGAUAAACGAGUGGCUCAAUUAACGUAUCCAAGAAACUCUCCCAUAAUUUCAUAGAUGAAAACACUAAAUGAACUUGAAGAUUAUUUUGAAUUUAAGAUACUAUUGCGUGUAUUUGUCUCUGUCUGACUCUCUUUCUGUGAUCUCACUCAAAGAUUGUCUAAUUGAAAGAUAAGGGAAAAAUGAUUGGAGAAACAAUUCGAUUUAAUUAUUUAUAUGAUUCCUUCUCAUAGGAUUCGAUUAGAAUUUAUUUUUACAGACCUUCAGAGAGUUUCUAGAUACAAUUUCUUUGAAUGUAUGUGAUAUGUAUGUGUGACUCCAAUGUUGGAUGAUUUUAUUCCGAGUUUGUAUGAAUGAUAAAGAAUGAACUAUAUUUGUGUUUGUGCGUGAGUGGAUGUAUGUGUGCAACUUCCAACAAAUUCUCAUAGUCUCGUAUACUUACAAUUUAUUUUUUAUCAAACAUUAUUUUCCUUUAAACAAAAUCGUUGACGACAAAAUAAUUUAUCACUUUCGUUUUGUUGAGAAUAUCUCGAACGAAUUCAAAUAUCAAAAAUAUGACGAAAAAUACCAAAAAAAUAUCGACAGCUCUUGCGCUUUUUAUUUUGAUUUUCAAGAGAUAACACAAAAUUAUUUGGACGAUCAUGUAUGUUGAAUCUAAUAAUUUCAUUUGAAUGAUUUACGUUUUAAACACAUAUACACGUAUAUACAGAGUAAGGUCAAAAGUUCUUAAAUAAUUUAAAAAAUAAAUAAGGAACUCUCUUUCGAAACUUUUUCAAUUUGUAGUUUUAGCUUAAUAAUAUUUAAAAGCUAUGCUUGUAGUUUUACGAUCUGGAAGAUAAAUUAUCUUAAGAAGUUUCGAACUAGAGUAAUUGUUAUUAAAAAUUAAUUUAAAACUUUUGACUCGAUCUUUAUACAUACGAUAUUUCAUUAAUGAAAAACGAUAAUAGAGACGAGAAUGUUCGAAAAAUAAUGCAUAAAAAAAAAAAAAAAA